GGUUUGGGUCCCCAGAGUAGAGAUUGCCGCGGUGCACCCUGGGUCCUUCCUUUCCAUCCCAGACUCGCUUCUGCAAUCAUGGGAAAGUGUCGUGGUCUGCGUACCGCCAGGAAGCUCCGUAAUCAUCGCCGUGAGCAAAAAUGGCACGAUAAACAGUACAAGAAGGCCCAUCUGGGAACUGCUCUGAAGGCUAACCCCUUCGGAGGAGCCUCUCACGCCAAGGGAAUUGUCCUUGAGAAAGUUGGUGUAGAGGCUAAGCAGCCCAACUCUGCCAUCAGGAAAUGUGUGAGAGUCCAGCUCAUCAAGAACGGCAAGAAGAUCACAGCCUUCGUCCCCAAUGAUGGUUGCCUCAACUUCAUUGAGGAAAACGACGAAGUUCUGGUGGCCGGUUUCGGUCGUAAAGGUCACGCCGUUGGUGAUAUUCCUGGAGUUCGUUUUAAGGUGGUCAAAGUGGCCAACGUGUCUCUACUUGCUCUCUACAAAGGCAAGAAGGAGAGACCCAGAUCAUAAACUGUUGUGACAGAAAGUCAAAUAAACUUGUUUUCAGUUCCA